UACAGAUUUGAUGGCUGGUGUCCAAAUGUCUCCAAAGAAGGCUUUGCGGGUUGCAAUGCUCAAAAGUUGUUUCGCAGAUACUAUCUUCAAAGAUACACAUCCGACACUUUCUAGUAUUGUAGAACAACUCAAUGCUGCUGAAAUGGCUUCUCGUGAGAGAGAAAGAAAUGAUGCAAGGAUAGUACAUAGUUCUAACAUUUGGCCAAGCAAAUUCAUUUUUUUCUUUGUUAGCUUUGUGUUCAUGCUAACCGUCGAAAACUGUUGCUUGUAUUUCGGGUGGAAAAAAACUGUUAAGAUCGAUAGGCCUCCAAACAUGUUGAAAGAUAUGGAUAAUCUCUUUGGUCUCUAUCCAAAUUCGAAGUCCUUGGAGCAAAUUCGCUUGUUCGUGAAAGAAAACUAUGUGGAAGAUGAUGAUCCAGAAAGCGAAGAAAUUUUUUAGUAGAAAUGUGAUUGUAUAUU